CGGAAAAUAAACGCGGUGGCAAACUCGCGUGCAUGAUACUAAGACGUUGUGUUCAGCAAGAUAAUAUUUACAGAUGAACACCGAUUUAAUUAAUUUUGAAACGUGCAGUAGUAAAAAGCUAACGUUAGGCUAUCAAGGAACUACACCACGGUCGCAUGAGCGCGAGCUUGCACAACGAGCGGACUGGUCGCCGUGAUGACGUUUAGUAGUCUCGUUUAGCCACUUGUGAGCAACCGCGCCUUUUAAGACACGUGCAAGCUUUAAAAAAACACGAGAGGGAGAGAGUAUUCACUGCUGUGGUUUAUGUCGUAGAAAAACCAGUUUAUUUCGGGCAUCUAACCAAAUGCCCAUUCAAAAAACCUAUUGACUUCGAGACGAGGGAACCGGAAGUGCAAAAAUGCUAACUCGUGUAAUGUCCACAACAGUCUCAACUGUACUGAGUCCUGCAGCACUCCAUUCCCACGUGGUGGCGACAGAAGCUAGCUCUCAGCCAAUGUCGGGGAUGUGGACGGUGAAGGUGCUCGGCCUGGGUGUGGUGGCGCUCUCUCUCGGCGUGGAGCUGCUCGUCCGGCUCCUCCGGCGCCUCAGGCCCCUUAGGACCCUGAACGAGGUCCUGUUCUUCCCCUCAGAGGUUGCCUGUGUUGAGCACGUCUUCACUUCCCUGCCGCGCUCCUGUCUCUGCCCGUUGCGUCAUGGCGCAGAGACCUCUCUGUCCCGUCUUCUCCGCCGCAUCCUGUCCGCCUCCUCCUCCCUGGACCUGUGCGUCUUUGCCUUCUCCGACGUAAACCUGAGCAGGGCCGUGCUAGCGUUGCACGCUAGGGGGGUCACCGUCCGAGUCCUCACCGACAAGGACUACGUCGCCAUCACUGGCUCCCAGAUAGGGGUCCUCCGCAAGGCCGGGAUCUGCGCGCGGUGCGACGCCAACUCCGUCUACAUGCACCACAAGUUCGCACUGGUGGACGGCCGGCUGCUCGUCACCGGCUCCCUCAACUGGACGCGGACUGCAGUGCAGAGCAACACGGAGAACGUCCUGGUCACCGAGGAGCCGGACCUGGUGCGACCCUUCGUCCAGGAGUUCCACAGGUUGUGGGAGAGCAACGACCCGGCCAGGUGCUUCCGCCCCAAGCGACCAAAAGUCUGACGCCAGAUCCUAUUCGACGGAGCUUAUCCACGGUCAAGGUGGAAGGUAUGCACGUUGAGUCUGGCCAGGCUAGCUGGGCCACAAAAAUCAAUGACAGUGAUGGCUUUUGACUCUUUUACUGUAGUUCAGAGGACUAAAAGUGACAAUGUUGCUGUUCAAGAUGAUGGAAAGUUUCAUGGUAGUUUUGUUUUAAAUGUGUAUCAGAAGAGUUGUCUAACUUACCAGACUGAGUCUGCGGUUAAGAGUUCCUGUUUGACUUACUUUUGUUUGGCACAGGCCUAAGAUUUUUUUUAUUCAAGUUCAUGGUUUUUUAUAUUAUGUCACAGGUGUACAAUAAUUCUAGUUGCUUUUUUUUAAAGAUCUCCCCCAAGGUGAUCAAAUUCAUCUUAUUUCUUUAUGGUCAUAAUGUAAUGAAUCUAUUACAUGAUACUUUUUCUCCUUUAGGACUAAAGGGAUUAUCUAGGCUAGUUAGGAAUUUGAGUUUACUACCUUUUAUUAAAAACAACAAAAAACAAUCAUCCACAGCGCACCCAGUGUAUGAGUGCUCUAAGUUGCAGUGGCUGUAUAAAUCCAGUGUAUUGUUUGUUGCGUGCUACUGCUCUCAGGGACGAGGUUUUGCCCAGCACCAAUAAAAACCCUCUUUCACACUGCAGUUUUGGCAGGUCUGUUGCAUCACUGCCCCGCAGCUGCAGUUUUUUCUGUCUCUUGCACCAACAUGAUUUGC